UUCUGUUCUCCACCAGAUCAUCAUCAUAGAGGACUACGUGGACCCUUACGACGCCAAGCGCACCAAAGUCCAACGCGACGCGGAGAGAGAGUCGGAGAAAACGAUGGCUACAUGGAACCGUACGACGCACAGCAGAUGAUAACUGAGAUUCGUCGUGGAGGGUCCAAAGACCAGCUGAUCACCGAACUGCUCCUCAUGGAGCUGACGUCCCCAAAUGAGAGCAAGGCAGAGGCCAAGAGGCAGGGGUCCCAGGAGCUCCUCGUCAAACCCCCUCAGCUGUACGACACCCCCUAUGAGCCCCCUGACAAUGAGCAAGAUUCAGAGGAGAAGAAAGCCCAGCGGGCGGCCGAUGGGACCCGACCGGAGAAUGACGAAAGGCCGGCGGGAGAGUACGAGCAGCCCUGGGAAUGGAAGAAGGAGCACAUAGUGCGGGCGCUUUCAGUGCAGUUUGAGAACAGUGAGCGUUCACAGGCCAAGGAGGAAGGAGGACGACUGCACCAGCGCCAGAAGAGCUGGACAGCCAAAGUCUUGAAGCAGCCUCAGGCCGAGCAGAUGGACAAGGUGGACCCGACCGUCCCACUAGAGAAGCAGAGCUGGUAUCACGGUUCGGUGACCCGAGCAGAGGCGGAGAGCAGGCUGCAGUCCUGUCGUGAGGCCAGCUACCUACUGCGGAACAGCGAAUCAGGGAACAGCAAAUACUCCAUCGCUCUCAAGACCAGCCAGGGCUGCGUUCACAUCAUCGUGGCGCAAACCAAGGACAACAAGUUCACCUUGAACCAGACCAGCGGCGUUUUUUGCAGCAUCCCAGAGGUCGUCCACUACUACUCCAGCCAAAAGUUACCCUUCAAGGGAGCUGAGCAUAUGAGCUUGUUAUACCCCAUUCCCAGAGUACACUAA